AUGUCAGGCCGACGACCAUCCUCACCUCAAGAUGCAGAUAGGCAUCAUGACAGAGAUGAGAGGAAACACGAGCCGAGACGCUCAAGAAGUCGUAGUAUGAGUCCGAGACGGGAUAGAGGUGGACGUGAUAGGGAAAGGUACAACGAUAGAGACCGGCGAGAUCGAGAUUACCCCUCUCCUGUCCGUGAUAGAGACAGAGGAGACCGAGACUACAGGCGCCACGGAAGGGAGCACGAUGAUAGGGAUCGAGGAGUACAGGAUGACUACCCGUCUAGAGGUCCGAGGUCCGGAGGAGGAGAAGGGUACAGGGAUGGUGGCAAUGGCUAUGGUAAUGGGAAUGGAUCUGGACGAGCUGGACCCAACGGAGAUUACUAUGGACGAGGUGGAUCCCGCGGAGGGUAUGGUGGUGGUGGUGGGCGAGGAGGGGGCAAUUUUGGCUACCGCGGCAGAGCGACUGCGGACGAAUACAUGGAGAGGGAUCGACCUUUAGAUAGACGAGCGAUUGAAGAGGGCAGACGAAGACGUGAAGAGGAGAGAGCGAGAGGGACGACACAGCGGGAAGAAGGUAACGAAGAAGAAACUCAAGGUGGCCCAUCGCAUGCAUCAUCCCAUACCAAUCGGAAGAGACUCGACGGAGAAGAAGGCGAAGAAGAGGAAGAGGAAGAUGAUGGAGGCUUCGCCGCCAUGAUGGGUUUCGGAGGCUUUGGCUCGACCAAGGGCAAAGAAGUCGCUGCGAAUGCUGAUGGAGCCGUCAAGGUCAAUAAGCAGAGGACUUGGCGACAGUACAUGAAUCGUAGAGGAGGGUUCAACAGACCACUGGACAAGAUGAAGUAG